AUGACACCUACACCUUACAGAAUAUCAGUAUUGACCGACACUUUUCAAGUAAAUAGCUUCAUUGAUAAUAUAGUCAGUGGUACAUUCAAUAUCGAUGUCAAUGCAAAAGUUGAUGAAUCUUCAAAUUUGGAAGAACAACUUUAUUUUAAAAUGUGGAUUAGAAAAGAUCAGUUGACAAAAGAAGAACAUACCGUUAUUAAUUUAGAGUUGAAAUUUAAUGAUGAUGAAAUAUUGCAGACCAAUGUACCGUUAACGGCACCAGUCACCAAUGACACUGUGAUUCGUGUGAGAAUAGGUCGAUCACAGUCCUUCGCGCCAACAUGUACUGCUCCAACUGACUUUCAGCAGGAUUACGGUUUAUCUCUACCAGGGGCAUAUGGUGGUCUGCCAACGCUUGAACUUCGAAGUGAAUAUCGAGAUAAACCAUUAAAAGCAGGCUAUCUGCUCUAUCAUUACUCCGAUGAGGAGACAACGUUUUAUAGUCGUGACUUGUGGGCUGCCAUCGAUAGCUAUUCGAUCCAUGGUCUUGUCCGUCAUUCCACUGGUGGUGGUUCUCGGUGUUCUCACAUUGAAAACAAUAGUAAGAUCUCCUUUGAAUAUCAAUCAUGGUACAACUAUAAAUAUCAACCAACACUAGAAGAGUUUGCAUAUAUCGUGUGUAAUCAUGCUUUCAACCUACACACCGACUCCAUUAUCAUAUAUUUCAAUGAAGAUGGUUAUAUUACAGAUCACCCAAUCAAAGUUUGUAAUGAUCAGAUUUCAAACUUUGAUAAUACACAUGAACUGAUAGAUUUCCUAAGAUUAGGAUAUCGGCAUCAUCAUCAAGAUAAAGACAAAUCAUUAACAAAACACUGUAAAUAUAUUUUAAAUGUUAGAAGAUAUUCAAUCAACACCUCUUACAAAUCUCUCAAUGCAUUCAGUAAUGUACAAGAAACCCAUGUCAAGCAAAGAGAGGUUGCUUGGUCAUUACGAGACAUUAUAUCAGUAUUGAUAGACACUUUACAAGUAAAUAGUUUCAUCGAUAAUAUAGUCAGUGGUACAUUCGAUGUCAAAGUUAAAGUUCAUGAAUUCUGCUGA